AUGGGAGCUGACCAAAGUAAACCUUCUGCCGUGGAACCACCAGUCGCAACAUGCCCCGUGGACCACAAAACCCGCGAGGUAUGGCUGCAACAAAAUGGCAACGCACCUCACCCUGGGGCCUCUGAUGUUCCCGCCGAGCAGGGACAGGCACGCGCCAAGUUACAACGACCACUAUCAUCAGACCGUGAAGUGAGCAGCAUCCCUCGAGCCGGCGAUUUCAACUCAGCAAGCGCCUGCCCCGAAGCCAACAAGGGUGCUCCUUCCCCAUACGCUGCGUCACAUGGUAGCCCAUCCAAUGCCGAAUCCGAGACUGGCCGCGAUGAAGCCACCGGAAACUGGAUCUAUCCAUCCGAGAAGCAGUUCUUCGAAGCCUUGAUGCGCAAGGGUAAUACUCCUGGGUCGACAUCCUCGGCCUCGGAGCUCGCGACUUCUGUGGCAUCCAUCAUUCCAAUUCACAACGCCGUCAAUGAACGCGCAUGGGAUCAGAUUCUCGAAUGGGAGAACAAUGGCCCCUCGUCAGAUCCCGGAAGCAAGAAAUGCGGAGGACCGAAAUUAUAUUCAUUCCGAGGACUUGGAGUUGAUCCUCAAUACCUAAGUCCGCGUGCGCGGAUCAAUGGAUGGCUCGGCUACCAGCACCCAUUUGAUCGACAUGACUGGGUUGUUGAACGCUGUGGUGGUGAGAAGAUUGAAUAUGUUAUCGAUUUCUACCAGGGCAAGCCAUCGGAAGGCAAUGGAAAUACCCCAUCGGGUCUGGCUGCCAAUGCCAAUGCUCCUCCCGGGAAGCUCAGCUUCUUCCUUGACGUACGGCCCAAGUUGAACAGCUAUGAAGGUUGGAGGCUGAGGUUCAAUCGCUUCACGGGCCUAUGA